AUGUCUUUUUCCAGAACCCUCUUCGCCCAUUCGAAUGAAUUCAACUGGAUCGGCGACAAACACUCCUCGCGAUUUUACGAAAGAACGCGCCCUGACGAACCCGCCGGCCGCGUAUCCUGCGGCGAGAUUCGAACACAAUCAACCAUUUCCACAACUCGACCACAACUCAACCACACACACACACACACAAACCCGAACGGGAAGAAAUCAGCCAAGAUGCUUCUAGCAGAGGAGCCCGCGACGCUCAUCCGCCACACCAUCGACAAUUUCAACAUUCAUCCCGACAAGCAAGCCGUCGCGCGCAUCAAUGAAUCCCUCGCGACCCUCCAGCAGGCCCGCGAGCUGCGCCUGCGCGAGGCCGAAAAUGCCCUCAAGAAGCUCUCUCGCCAGCUAAACACAAUGGCCUCCCAGCACGCCGAGCUCACAUCGCAGCACUCGUCGACCGCGCACGCCUCGGAGAUCGCCCGCCUCGACACAACAAAGUUCCGGACCGCGAAGGCCGCCUCGGACGCCGAGAUGGAGGCCGAGCGCCUCGCCCAGCAGGCCGCCGACCUCAGCGUGCGCCUCCAGGAGCUCGAGAUCCAGGGGCUCGACGGCUCCGCCGACGACCAGGCCCGCCGCCGCGACCCCGUCGACGACGAGGUGCUGCUGCGCCUCAAGGUCUACCGCAGCCUAGGCAUCGAGAUCGAGCGCGACGGCCGCGACGGCGGCGGCGGCGAGUUCACCCGCGCCGUUGUCCGCAACGACCGGAAGGGCGACGUGCAUGUCGUCAACAUGGACAAGAAGUUUUCAAAGUUCUUUUACGCAAACUACUUUUGGCAGACGCUGUAG